AUGUGCCUUCCAGCUUGGACUUUGAUGCAUGGCAAUGAGCGCACGACUCAUCAUCUCAAACCAAACAUCACUGAACCAUCAUCAACGAUACUGGGAUAUAAAUUGAAUUCGGAACACGCCAUCAAGCCUGGGAGAUCACCGAGUGAUGGAUCAAGAGGAGAGGCCGAUGCCUUGGCGCAAGCAUCACCAACAGACAGUCCCGGCGAAGCCGCCGGGAGGCUAUUCGGCAUCAUGUCUGGCAUCAGAACCCCUCUCAUCGAAAGGACUCAUCCAAAUACCGGAGUCACAACCUCCAGACUGCGUUAG